AUGCGCACCACCCGCCCAGGAAUUCUAAAACAGGGAAUGGAACAAACAGCAGAAGAAAGAAUUCCACAACACCUCCUGCUGCCUAUAACCCACUUGAAGUACAAACUUUCAGUUUCAUAUUCAUGCUUUUUAUUAUUUGCAACAAUAUACCAAGCUAUAUACACCCCCCUCAUCACUGUGCUUUUGGUUACUUCCCUAUUGACUGUAAUGGAGGCAUGGAACUACCUCCCAAAAAAUGCCCUCUCCCUCCCUCCCACCCACAGAUUAGAAUUUCUGGAAGGUGCAGUAUCUUUUGCAAAAAGUACUAUCCCCCCCCCUUGCAGAUGA